GAUCUGGUAGUAAGGUAGUAGCUGUGGCUGUGGCGCUCUGCAAGGAAGUACCCGAGCCUUUUAGGCCCUGUCGCCUUCUGAUGUUCCCCCCAAUCCCGCACUUCAGAAGUUCAGCUCAAAUCAUCCGCCCAGUCGAUCCCGGCCCCGUGGAACCUCCCUUGGCCUCUCAGCCCCAUUGACCGGUGCCUCUUACCGAGCGGGCGAUCCCCUAUUUGAUUAACCUGGUCCUAAGAGGUCACCUAUCCCGUCCCAAUCUACGCGUACGGAUAAACCUCCUUUGUCUCCUUCAUCCUUACUCGUUCAACAUCAGCAUCUCUUCCCCUCCUUCUCAUCCUCGGAUCUCAAGUCCUGUGAGGACAGACACGAUCCCAUCAUCAACUUGGGUCAGAAAGCAUGUGUAUCCAGAGGUGACGAAGCCGACGCAAUGAGUGCCGAUCUCUUGGACCUCGACAGCUUUUACCAGAGCCCUCCGUCACAACAAAACCAAUCGGGGGGCCAACAAGGCCAAGUACAGCCGCAACGCCCGCAGCAAGUAACGGCAUCGUCGACGGACCUUUUUGACUUUGCCUCCUUUACCAGCAACAGCAACAACGUCAGCAGCAAGCUUGCGGCGGCGACCACCCCGGCUCAGCAAACCGUGCCAUGGCCUAGCUUUGAGCCGCAGCAACCAAGUGGUGCUGCCGGCGGCGGCAGUAGCAGCAGCGGAGGAUGGGGUGAGUUCGGCGCUUUUUCGUCAGGCUUUACCUCCUCGUCGACCUCAAAUCAGCAGCCCAAGCAGAAUCUGCAGAGCGCCGAGGACGAUGAGGGAUGGGGUGACUUUGAGGUUGCGGAACCUACACCCACUCAGCGCUCGUUCGUGAUGCCCCCGCAGACGAACAAGGCGAGGUCAUCACCGCCGCCUAGGAACCGAAUCGCGCGCGCCUCGACGUUCGAUCUCAUGACCAACAACCUCGUCAACGUCGUCGACAUGCCCUAUGGCUCGGGCCUGUCGCCUAUACCCAGUCCCGGCCUCCCGUCGCCGAACCAGCAAGCCGGGGCCGGUUCAGGAUCUUCAUGGCAGCAGACAAACCGACAACCUAGUCCCGGAUUAUCGUGGCAGACUGCGAGCACCAAACCGGCAGUUAGCCCAGGGUUUUCAUCCCAGACGCCCUCCGCGAAGCCGCAGCCAAGCCCUGGAUUCUCUAGUCAUAUAUACGUGACUCAGAAGAAGCCGAGUCCGAAGCCAGCCAAACAGUCGGAUCCCAACAUUCUUUUUGAUGCGGAAGAGUUUGAGCUUCAGGGAGACAACGAUGACGAUGACGAUGAUGGAUUUGGAGACUUUGAGACUGUUCAGACUCCCUUCCCCGGCGCAGACAUGAGCCCGACCCUGGAUUCAAGGCCACCAACCCAAAGGCAGCCACCGUCGCAGCCCCCACAGCAGCAACCGCCUUCCAUGGACCUCCUUUCUCUCGACGACGACUUUACUCCGGUUCCGCAGCCUCCACAAAAGAGGCCUCAGCUCUCUUCCUUGAAUCUCAACGCGCCCACAUCGCCGUACCCCCAGGCCCCCAAGUCGCCCUCCUUCCAGGAACGUAAUCCCUUUCCCGGACUCGGUCUCACCACGCCCACUUAUGGUGACUUCAAAAAGGAGGAAAAGAAGAACGAGAAGCCUGCGUCGCCUACGCCCGUCACUGCCUGGCCAGCUUUCGGACAGACCUCGCCCACGAAGCCGCCCGCCGCUAAGAAGCCUUCUGCCACCACCAAUCUUCAAAAGACGCAGGAGGAGGAUGAGUGGCCAGACUUUGAAGACUUCCCCGAUGACGAGCCUUCUGCAAUUGAUUCUUCUAGGCCCCCGGAGAGCUGGGAUUGGGACGCUGUCGACGGCGUCAAGUCGUCCACUCCAGCUCCCGCUCCCAACUCCAGCACCAGCAGCACCGCCAAGAAAGCAACUCCUAAAUCCAAGAAAGAAGCAUCACCAGCAGCACCCUCAGAUAUACCUGACGACGCCCCGCCGCCCAUCAACAUUCCACCUCCCUCCGUCAUCCUCUCCAUCUUCCCGCAGCUACUCGAUCUCGCAAACUCGUCACUCUUCAAGCCCACAUCCCAGCUAGCGGCGCCUAUCCGGAAACGCAUCCUCGAAGACCCGAGCACGGUAGUCUUCCUCCGCGGCUACCUCCUCCUCGCCACCGUCGCCGCCCGCGUCAUCGCGGGCCGCAAACUCCGCUGGCACCGUGACAAGUUCUUGUCCCAGGGCAUGGCCAUCUCCGCGGCCGGCGCAAAGGGCAUGAAGCUCGCGGGCGUGGACAAAGCUCAAUCGGCGCGCGAGGACCGCGAGGCGGCGGACGUGGUGGGCGUGUGGAGGGAGCACGUCGGCAGGCUCCGGUCCGCCGUGGCGGCGGCCAACUCCACCGCCGGCGCCAAGAACCCGCGAGACCAGCUCCGCGUGCCCGAGCUCAACGAGACGAUCCCCGUCUCGACGGCCAAGGUGGUCCCUACUGCGCCCAAGCCGUGCGUCAUCUGCGGCCUGAAGCGCGACGAGCGGGUGAGCAAGGUGGACCAUGAGGUCGAGGACAGCUUUGGGGAGUGGUGGGUUGAGCAUUGGGGUCACAGGGCCUGCAAGAACUUUUGGGUUGAGCACGAGAAGCAACUGCGGCAGAGGUGAAGGGAGACAGAGAGGGGAGAGGUUGUCGUAAUGGCGGAUGAUGGGGUUUACCUCGCAUCUUGUAUAUAAUUGCACUGCACAUACUUGAUACCUCGAGUGCUUCAUUUACAUGGAUUGGGCGGCUAGGUAUUUUCCCAAAUAUCAAGUGCAUCUAGAUGUAGUCGCCUCCACUGGCGAAACGUGAU